AUGUCUUCACAUCCUGAGUGCCGAUCAGACAUUACCCUCCCCACUUUUGAGGCCCUCCAGGACGCUCACCAACCCGUCAGGCCCUCCGCCGCCGCCCUGCGCCUGCACUGGACCCUCACCAGCCCCCCGGAAACAGCAAUCCUUAUCAUGCCCGAUAUCACAUACGACCCCGACGCGCCACUAUGGCCCUACUUCUCCCCGGACGGCACCCCCUCGACCCCGUCCCUCGCCCACGCCCCGCUCACCGACCCCGCCGUCUCCUCCAUCACGCUCGACUUCCACCGCGCGCACGGCGAGCCGGGCCCACCGCCGGCGGCGGCGGAGAACGAGAACAGCGCCGCGGAAGAAGAAGGCUCGGCUGACGUGCGGGGGACGGGUGGUGGUGGUGGUGGUGAUGGUGGUGGUUCCGGGGAGAGCGGGGAAGGGUUCGUGACGGUGCAUGACUACGUCACGGCUGUGCAUCCGUGGCUGAUGGGGCUGCGCGCGGACCUCCUGGCGGCGGGCGGGGAUUUGCUGGACCACGUCCCUUUGGCGGAGGACACGAGGUUGAUGGUCGUCGGGUCGAGGCCGCAGAGCCUGCAUGUUCUUCCGGAGAGCGAGUGGAGGCGGUGGAGGGGGAAGAGGCCGGUGGCCAGCUCAGUCGCGGCCAGAGAGCAAGGCACGUGGAGACGGCGGAUGCUGGGUAGUGACAAGGAUGGAGGGUUGCGUUAG